CUGGUGAGCAGCUAUUCCAUGACCCCCCCUACUCUUAGCAUCACCGAAGAGGAGCACAUCAUCAAUUCUGGGGACAUACUGACCAUCACCUGCAGAGGCCAGCACCCCUUGGAGUGGUCGUGGCCGGGGGCAAGGUGGACCCCGCCGGGAAGGAGAAGGAGACCGAGUCCGCAGCCUCGGCAGCCCCCAGCAGCGGCCGGGCAAUCCGAAGACGACUGCGAGGGGACCGGCACGAAGCCGUACUGCAAAGUCCUGGUGCUGACGGAGACCCAGGCGAACGACACGGGUUACUACCGCUGCUACUACAAGUACAUCGAUGCCAAAAUCGAGGGCACCACGGCAGUCAGCGCCUACGUGUUUGUCAGAGAUUUCGAACAGCCAUUUAUCAACAAGCCAGAGACCCUCCUCAUCAGCAAGAAGGAGAACACUUGGGUACCAUGCCUUGUCUCCAUCCCCGAUCUUAACGUCACGCUGAUCUCGCAAAAUUCCCUCAUCCACCCUGAUGGGAAAAGCACUUUCUGGGACAACAAGAAGGGGAUGCAGGUACCCACGCACCUGAUCAGGGACUCCUUGUUCGUCCAGUGCGAGACUGUCAUUGACAAGAAGGUCUUCAAAUCCAAUUUCUUCAUCAUCCACAUUGCGGGGAGCGAGCUGUACGACAUCCAGCUGUACCCCAAGAAAGCCAUGGAGCUGCUAGUGGGAGAGAAGCUGGUUCUCAACUGCACAGUGUGGGCUGAGUUCAACUCUGGCGUCCGCUUCCAGUGGACUUACCCUGGCAAACAGACGCAGCGGGCAGUGACGGAGCCUGAGCGCCGGUCCCUGCAGACACACACGGAGCUCUCCAGCAUCCUCACCCUCCAGAACGUGAGCCAACAGGACCUGGGGAAGUACACGUGCACUGCCACCAAUGGCGCCCAGAUGCUGGAGGAGAGCACCGACGUUAUCGUGCAUGAAAAGCCCUUCAUCAAUGUGGAGUGGAGGAAGGGCCCCGUGAUAGAAGCCACCGCAGGAGAUGAAGCCGUGAAGCUGCCUGUGAAAGUUGUGGCUUAUCCCCCACCAGACUUCCAGUGGUACAAGGACGGGAAGCUAAUUCCCAAGCAAUCUCAAUCUUCAAUGCAGAUCAAGGAUGUGUCGGAGCAGCACGCCGGGACAUACACGCUGGUUCUGCGGAACAGGCUGGCGGGGCUGGAGAAGCGCAUCAGCCUCCAGUUAAUCGUCAAUGUUCCUCCGCGCAUCCAUGAGAAGGAAGCUUCUUCCCCGAGCAUCUACUCCCGGAGGAGCCCCCAGGCCCUUACCUGCACAGUCUAUGGCAUUCCGGCGCCAGAGGUGAUCCAGUGGCAGUGGAGGCCAUGGAUGCCCUGUCGGAUGUUCUCCCGACGCAGCCUCAAUAGCAGACACCGGGCAGCAAGGCGCCAUCAGCGGGACCGGAUGCCUGAGUGCAAGGACUGGAAAGAUGUGUCGCAGCAGGAUGCGGUCAAUCCCAUCGAGAGCAUUGACACCUGGGUGGAGUUCGUGGAGGGACGGAACAAGACAGUGAGCAAACUGGCCAUCCAGGAGGCCAACGUCUCCGUUAUGUACAAGUGUAUCGCCUCUAAUAAAGUGGGUCGAGACGAGCGGCUGAUCUACUUCUACGUGACCACCAUUCCAGAUGGGUUCGAGAUUGAAUCCCAGCCCUCAGAAGAGCCCAUGGAGGGGCAGGACCUGCAGCUGAGCUGCAACGCAGACAACUACACCUAUGAGAACCUGCAGUGGUAUCGGCUGAACCUCUCCAAGCUCCACGAUGAGGAGGGCAACCCCUUGGUGCUGGACUGCAAGAACGUCCACCACUACGCCACCAAAAUGCAGGGGGAGCUGCGUUUCCAGCCAGACUCCAACGAUGCGACCUUGCUGCUCACAAUCCCCAACAUCUCCCUGGGCGAGGAGGGAGACUACGUGUGUGAGGUGCAGAACCGGAAGACCCGGGAGAAGCACUGCCACAAGAAAUACAUCUCUGUGCAGGCCCUGGAGAUCCCCCGCCUCAAGCAGAACCUGACAGACAUUUGGGUGAAUGUCAGUGACUCUAUAGAGAUGCGCUGUAAGGUGGACGGCAACCAUAUUCCCGACAUCAGCUGGUACAAAGACGAGAAGCUGGUGGAAGAAGUGUCAGGGAUCGACCUGGCAGACUUCAACCAGAGGCUGAGCAUUCAGAGGGUGCGGGAGGAGGACGCUGGGCUCUACCUGUGCAGUGUCUGCAAUGCUAAGGGCUGUGUGAACUCCUCAGCCAGCGUCUCUGUGGAAGGCUCUGAUGACAGGACCAAUGUGGAAAUUGUGAUCCUGAUUGGGACUGGGGUCAUCGCUGUUUUCUUCUGGAUCCUCCUCAUCCUCAUCUUCUGUAACAUCAAAAGGCCUGCCCAUGCAGACAUCAAGACUGGCUACCUCUCCAUCAUCAUGGACCCCGGCGAGGUGCCUUUGGAGGAGCAGUGCGAAUACCUGCCCUAUGAUUCCAGCAAGUGGGAAUUCCCACGAGAUCGCCUGCGCCUAGGUAAAGUCCUGGGUCACGGUGCCUUUGGGAAGGUGGUGGAAGCAUCAGCGUUUGGGAUCAAUAAAAGUAACAGCUGUGAGACUGUAGCAGUCAAAAUGCUGAAAGAGGGAGCUACCGCGAGUGAGCACAAGGCACUGAUGUCAGAGUUGAAGAUCCUCAUUCACAUCGGGAACCACCUCAACGUGGUGAAUUUGCUGGGUGCCUGCACCAAACCCAAUGGUCCACUCAUGGUUAUCGUUGAGUUCUGCAAGUAUGGAAACCUCUCCAACUAUCUGCGGACCAAGCGGGAGGGGUUCAGUCCUUAUAGGGAAAAGUCACCCAGGCUGCGCAUUCAGGUUCAGUCCAUCGUGGAGGCAGUGAGAGCAGACAGGAGGAGUCGUUCUGGGACCAGUGACAGCGCUAUCUUCAACCGCCUUCUGAUGCACAAGAGCCAGACAGCACAGCCAAUCCAGGAAGUGGAUGAUUUGUGGCAAAGUCCCUUGACUAUGGAAGACCUGAUUUGCUACAGCUUCCAGGUAGCACGCGGCAUGGAGUUCCUGGCAUCCAGAAAAUGCAUCCACAGAGAUCUAGCUGCUCGCAAUAUCCUGCUGUCGGAGAACAAUGUGGUAAAGAUCUGUGACUUCGGCCUGGCCCGGGACAUCUACAAGGACCCUGACUAUGUCAGGAAAGGCAGUGCUCGUCUCCCACUGAAGUGGAUGGCUCCAGAGAGCAUCUUCGACAAGGUCUACACUACCCAAAGUGAUGUCUGGUCAUUUGGAGUCCUCCUCUGGGAAAUCUUCUCACUAGGGGCAUCUCCAUACCCUGGAGUCCAGAUCAAUGAGGAGUUCUGCCAGAGGCUCAAAGAUGGUACCAGGAUGAGAGCCCCGGAGUACGCCACAGCAGAAAUUUACCGUAUCAUGCUGAGCUGCUGGCACGGGGAUCCCAAGGAGAGACCAACUUUCUCUGACCUGGUGGAGAUACUGGGGAACCUGCUUCAAGAAAACGUCCAGCAGGAAGGGAAGGAUUACAUCCCGCUGAAUGACUCUCACAGCUCGGAAGAUGAUGGUUUCUCCCAGGUGCCUUCCUCUGUCCAGCAAAACUCAGAUGAAGAGGACUUUGACAUGAGGAUACGCUGCCACAGCCUAGCAGCAAGAUAUUACAACUGUGUCUCAUUCCCUGGUUGUUUGACGGGAGGAAAUCAGAUCAGGUGUCCGUCCAGGAUAAAGACAUUUGAGGAGUUUCCCAUGACACAUACAAUGUACAAGGCACACCCGGACAAUCAGACAGACAGUGGGAUGGUUCUGGCAUCUGAGGAAUUUGAGAGGAUAGAAAACCGACACAGAAAAGAAGGUGGAUUCAGCAGUAAAGGGUCCAGCCGAACUGCAGAGCUGCUAGGGGAACAGUCGGACCUGAGGGGCAGAUGUCAGCCGUCGUAUGGGUCCCAGGUCGGAGGCCAGACUUUUUACAACAGUGAAUACGGGGAGCUGUCAGAACACUCUGAGGACGGCAGCUGCACCCCGCCUGGAGAGGGGGCCAGUCCCUCCACUCUCCACGCUUCCUUCUUCUCCGAGCAGUACUAACGGCGUCAAGCCCCCGAGGUGCCCUGCCGAGGCAUCCCCCCCACCCUCCAGGCACGUUGUCAGGGCCACCUAGAGCUUCCCCUUCAACCUAGGCCCAACCCCAGCAGGGAACCCACCCCAAAUGGAUGGGGAACACCGAUCUCCGUGGAACUGCGGCACAACGGCCCACGCAGCACCUCCAGCUGCAGCUUCUCCGUGCCAGGACUGGAGAGAGCACCUCGCUGAUUCCUCGGGUUUCUUUUAUUCCUGUGGCUCAGACAAAUGCAUUCUGCCGGCGAGUGGGUGCCUGUGCUCAGCACUACAGCACCUUCUGCCUAGCAUCCAGCCUCCACUCAGAUCAGCUUCCCAUUCGGAAAGCCCAUUUCAGGUCAGAUAUAAAUAGAUCCGUCGUAGUCAAGUUUCUUCCUGGUGUGCAGCCUCAGUGUUUUUCCUUGGAUUGCUUCCUCCUCCCGUACUCAUGAUGUCAACUGCUGAGCCGGGGAGCAGAAUCAAAGGGAAGAAAUCCCUAGUGGCAUCAGCAGCCAGAGCAGGGCAUUUCGACGAGGUGUGUGGAGAGAUCCCAAGGGAUCAUUGUAAAUGUUCGCACACUCUGUUCACUCUGGGUAGGUGCCAGUGUACACCCAGCCUCUUCGACUCCUCUGUGAGUAACACUCAUACCCCUCUCAUCUCUGCUGGCAGGGGCCCUGUCACUCUGCUUCAUCACCAGGAUUAUUUUAGCCAUCUCAACACAGCCAGUGCCGAGUAGCUGAUGGCUACAGUCCUCCCAGUGAAAUAAAUAAAUAGCAACUCUUUUUAUAGGCCCUGUGCAAAAUAGGGUUUUGUAUAGUCAGCCCUGGGAGCAGGUUGCUCACAGGCCUGCUGCUCUUGCCUCCCCCUUCUCCCAGAGCAGUGUUGAGAUCAUUUGUUGCUCAAGUGAGAAAUUAAAGCAAAACUGUGUUAAUUUCAGCUGGCUUCCAAACAUAGAGCAAAAAUGGGUUGUUUGCUGAGAGGAAAAGGAUCAAAGUGGUAGGGAGUGAAAUGUUUAUUGUCAAGCUGCUGCAAUGGUUUUGCAAACAAUGGAAGGAACAAAGCUGCAGCAACGAGGUGCCCCGGACUGCGUCCCCUUGUGUGUUGGCACUGCUGUGCACACAGUCGAGGGCAGCAUCUGGCCUGUGGCUCAAGCACUAAUUCUCCUGGAUGGACAUGUCUGCACCACGACCCUUCCUGCUACCCUGGUUCCCCAGCAGCCCCUGGCUCUAAGGAGGCAAUCGCUGCCUCACAGGCACCUCACAGGCGCAGUUUCUGCGCCAGACCUACCAGCGCAGCCUAUCUGCCUUUGGGGGACCGAGAAACGUGUUUGCUGAGGAACCGUCUCAUCGCUUGGGCUUUUUGUUUCUGAAGGAUAUCACAUGAAUUCAGAGCUCUGGGGAACCUUCGCAGCCUCUCUGAACAGAUUUCUGUGCUGCUGCCUCGCCACUCUCCACCUACUUCUCUCCGUCCUGCUCAUAAUCCAAGAGCUCAGCCACAGAGCACAGUUACAUCACUGCCGCAGGAGUCUGGGUGGAGAGGCUCGUCUGAACAGCUUGUCGUCUUCUCCCACGCGCUGGAGGCUGGCAGAGCUCCUUGCACCAGGGCAUCUCGACACCAGGGAGCUCUGCUUGCAGGCCACACCUCUGUGCUCAGAGCCAAGGGUUUGGCCUGGACUUUCUUUGUUGUGUUUCCCAGCAGAUAGAAUGUUUUCCCAAACUGUAUUUCUCUUCCGGCAGAGGGUUUUAUGCAUUUCCUGAUGUGAGCCUGUGAGUCCUUAUGGAUGACUUUCCCAAGUCUUAAUUAUAGUUCUCUGCACACGUGUAAUGGGGGAGAUUUAUUUAGCAUAUGGGAAAAGCAAGGCUGUCAUUCAGAUUCUCUAUGCCGGUGCAGAGCACAAAACCAGAGCGCCUAGUAUUCCCCUUCCCUGUUGUGUCAGCAGGAUGGCAUGGCUAUGAUUUCCAUGGCAAAAAGAGGCACAAAAGUGGACCAGCUUCAGCCAAGCUGGCUCAGGAAUGUGUAACUGAAAACUGCAUGUGGCAAUUAAUCCUCUGACUUCUGGCAUCCCCCAAAGCUGCCAGGAGUCUGAGCUGGUAGGUGUCAGGACUCAAGGAAGCAGGACAGCCAGCAGGGUGCAGGUCAGGCCAAAUUCUCCUGUCCUCACCCUGCUCUGGUUUUAAACUGUGUUGUUCCCUUGACAGAAGAAAGGCUGCGUGUGCCCGGUGCUCCUGCCUGGAUUCACGCAGGUGGAAGGUGACAGACAGCAGAGUAAAAUUCAGGCUGCUCUCUUGGCGAUGUGCAUCCUUAGGACCCAGAUUCUCUUGUUCCCAGUGCUUCACAGACCGUGCUCCUCUGCCUGGAAACACAUCUCCAACUGAGAGAAGGCCUAAGAAAGAUGUUUAUAAAUUAAAUAAGAAAUGAAAAACAGAAUUCCAAAGUGGCCACAAAUCCUCGCCCAUAUUAGAAACGUACUGGCAAACCCGCACACUGGCAGGGCACUGGCAGGAUUCCUCAACAGAGCAGGGACAGAGGCAUCCGAGCGCUCUGGCUGGCAGUCAAGGCUCACAAUUAGUGAGGACAGCUGCACUUGGUCUUUAGGUUCAGCUGUAAAUUGCUCAUGAGCAACAUUGUGGAGAAGGGUUACUUCGUUAGAGCCAUUGUUAAAAAUCCCCUGCUGCCCUCAGAGGAAAGCACUGGAGUGACAUCUGAUUUUGAACACUGAAAUCAUUCAACUCCACAAAAGUAUGUUUUAUUUUCUCUAUUUUGUACCAUCUUGAUGGGGGCGUGGGGGGAAUCAGACCCCAUUGUAUCCGCAUCAGCAGCAUUGCAUGAACAAUACAGCCGUAAUAUGAGCAAAUGCUGACUCCUCUUCAGACGCUCCUGAUGAUGAAGAACAAUUGUAGUGUGGGAUGUUGGAGAGUGGUUGAGACAAUUGUACUCUCACUCUUUUAAAAGUAAAGUAAAAUGAGAGUGUACAAACCUGAUACUCUUUCCCACGUUAUUGCUACCAUCUGUGAUUACUGAAACUACGAAAGCUUUAAAGUAAUCACACUUUACGUUAUUUCUGGCACUUCUUUACGUUCUUCAGAUAAGCCUGAGCAUGAAAUGAAGCUGGUCUGCUUUGGUUUUGAGAUGCAAGGCAACACUGCUGUCUGUCCUUCCACAGCGACAAGAGAAUAUUUCAACUUUUAAAACCCAGGGUUCGAUAUUUGUGCCUGUUCCGUUCACAACGCACUCACUGUUUUGUAUGGGCUUUUCACUGGAACUCAGCAUUGAAGCUAAGCUAUUUAUCACCAUCCUCUUUUAAAAUGACCAGUCUACCCACAGUCUCAUUUUUCCUUACCAUUUAUUGGUGUUGAGAGGUCGUUCCUCUCGCAUGACAACAAAGUGUUUGAGCAACAUUGGUCCCUUACUUGCAAACACACGUGCAUACACAUACAUCCUUAAAGAAAAACCUGUGUGUCAAGUAACACUUCACUUAUAUUGCAAUAUUUUAACCUGGUACCUGUUGUUGCUACAGCAGCAUUCAGUGUUUCGGUGGGCUGCCUUUGAUGCAAGUAGGUUACUAUGGGUUAUGUGUGAAUACAAAAGUGUGGUUUGUGUGUGUGUGUGUGUGUGAGUGAGUGUUUUGUGGGUGAGAGUUUUGGGGUGUUUGCAUGUGCGAGUUUCUUUUACUGACGCGUGUAUGUGAGUUUUUACAACUCACCUUGAGUCUUGUCUCUGGAAGUUCAUGGUUAUAUAUCAAACCAGUUAGAACACUGCUUUCUUUCCUCUCCUCCUAUAGUACUUGUUACCCUUUGUCAUUAAGAGUUUUGUUGUUAUAUCUAAAUGUGAAAAAUGAAUAAAGUCAU